GCCUCCUUCUAGUCUUCUGACGGCGCCUCGGCAGUCAAGUCAUAUCGGUUGCGCGUUGGCGGAUGUGGGAAGGUGCGAGCACUGGAGAGAGGAUGAUGAGGUGGGCAGCGAGGGCAGAGCAUCUGGCGGGCCUUCCACGGAGGGUCGUCGUCGUGGCCGUGGGGGCCUUCGCCAAGGUCAUGACCACGGUCCUCAACUCCACCCAUGUCCACAACCCCGAGACCCUCAUCCGCCUCGUCAGAUCACGCCCGUCCAGUGUGCCACUUCUCACCGUUAGCAACCACAUGUCCACGUUGGAUGACCCACUUAUGUGGGGGUUCAAGGGUUUUCCAUCUAUGGAUGCAAAACUAGCUCGUUGGGUGCUUGCAGCAGAGGACAUAUGCUUCAAGAAUAGGAUUCUCUCAUACUUGUUCCGACUUGGAAAAUGCAUACCAGUGACAAGGGGUGGUGGAAUUUAUCAAGAACAAAUGUCUGAAGCUCUUGAUGUUUUGAAUGGAGGAGAAAUGUAUGGUUUUCUCAGGCUUGUUAUUACAAUCCAAAAAGUGCAGUUGCAUACAUUUCCAGAAGGAAAAGUUAACCAGGAAGAUGUGCCUGUAAGACGUUUAAAAUGGGGAACUGCCAGUCUAAUUGUACGGGCACCUGUGACACCAAUAGUUUUGCCAAUUUUUCACUCAGGCUUUGAAAAGGUGAUGCCUGAGAAAGCUUGUUAUGGGCGAAGACCCCCUCUUCCUCUUUGCAUGAAGGACAUAAAAAUUAUCAUUGGUGAGCCUAUAGAGUUUGAUCUCUGGAGCUUAAGGCAAACUGCCUUGACUCAUUCAUGCGAAGAAAAUUUGAACAAUUUGGGGUGGCCUAAAACUUCUCCAGAUGGGCUCAAUGAGGCAGCACAAAGAUGGCUCUUCACAAGCAUCUCAGAUCAGAUUCGAACAGCCAUGGAGAAAUUGAGAACUUUUGCAGAUGCUAGUGCAGCAACACAAGAAUAGGAUUUCUUUGUGGAUCCAGCUUGAGCUGAAGCAAAAAAAGUAUGUGGUCGGAUUCCCCUUUAUUUCAAUUUCCACUAUAAGUCUGGGUUCAUGUGUUUUGCUCACUGAAGUUGAAGUUCAACAGUAAGGAUGGGAGGGUGUCUAAGGCCCAAGGGUAUGAUGCCCUUAGAAUGAUCGUGAUAUUAAUCCUCACAGAAUUAGGAAGAUGGCAAAUCCAUCUGGCAUGGGACCCUGCUUCAACCAUUACAGUGGAGAAUCUCGCUCAAUUUUGUUCGUUUUGAUUGCCCUGUGUUUAAUCAAUGAGGAAACUGGACUAAAUUGGCUUUGCAUGGGGAGCUCAUGUUUUGUGAGGAAUAUUGUGUGUGAAUGCUUAUUUAGUUUGUCUAUCCAAAAUUGUUGAAGGUGAAAUGGGCAUUAUCAGCCAGCGGGGGCUCGCGGAAAUAAUUAAGAAAGACUGCUGCAGCAUAUUUUACCCAGUAAUGAAUUGGGCGACUGGCCAUGUUCCAUUUGAUAGCAAACAAAGAAAUUUUUAACUCUUCUGAUAAGAAAACUAUCAAAACAAUUACUCCAUAUAGGAAUAAGAGAAAUGUUUUAAAUCCAGCUAUCUACAGUGAAUUGAAGGGGCACCAAAAAUUCUAGAGAAUUUUAGUAGGCAGACUGGUGGCUAAAUGGGAGAGCCCCUAUGUUUCUGUGGCCGGACAAUUUGAGAGUUAAUCAGUUUCAGAACUAUAAGAGAUCUGUCUCCUUUGUUAGCUGAAGCCCCAUUCAGGGGAAACCUUGUCCUGAUUCUGUACCAUUAUUGAUUUUUAUCUAAUCGGGGACAGAUAAUCGGGGGCAGAUAGGAACAAGAAGUUGUGGACUCUCACGGCAAAUGGCUUUUUACGGUGAAGUUUUUCUAUAAUUUUCUGAAUGAUGGGGGUUUGCGAUGCCAAAUUUCUAGGUGGUUUUGGCGUAGCAACUAUCCGUGGAAAAUUAAUAUCUUCAAUUGACUAGUGUGGAAAAAUAUGAUUCAUCCCCUUGAAAAUCUUGAGAAGCAAAGGUGUAAUAGGCUUUCGACAACAACUUGCGUGAUGUGUCAUUCAGGGAUUGAAUUGGCUGACCACCUGUUCCUUCAUUGCUCUUUUGCUCAAAAGGUUUGGGAGUAUUUUGUUUACUUAUUUCAGCUGUUGGAACCACCCCAGUCUAUGUGUCACGUCUGGGAUCGUGGCGUUCUAAAUUGAGGAUGGCUUCUCGGGAGCUAAGGGUUUUGAUAAAGCUCUUGUUUAGAAUAAUUGGCUUGCUAGAAAUGAUCAUAUUUUGAAUGCGAAUGAUUUGCCUGACAUUGCUAUUAUUUUGAAAAGUGAUCGCAUGAUAUUAUCUUGGCCUUCAGCAAUAGCAGAGUAUGCGAAGUUUGCAGAUUCCAUUUCUACCAUCAGGCGCAAUUUGGAUUUCCUAGGCCAGCGAUCGGAAGAAAUUUGUGGUUCUACGUUGCCUAAGGAGAUGUAGGACCAGAUCCCGAGCUAGGUCUUUCAAUGUUGGGUUUUGAGGAGGCAUGUUGCUCCUUAUUUGUCUUUCUUCUUAUGUUUUUCUUGCCCUUUGUUUGGUGGGGUCUUUCGUUGUUGUUCCACUUUUAGUGGGUGGGUGUGUUGUUUCUGUUGUGUUGUUGCUCUCUCUUCGCUUGGGUUAUGGAGGGCUAUUUUGUUCUGUCUUUUUAAUUAAUUCA